UCCUCCUCUCCAAAAAUCGUCACCUUUCUUAACCUUCUCUCCUUUCGCCACCGUUCCGCCGUCGGCCACUGCUGAAACACCUCUCUUUUCUUCUCCUCUCCCUCUCUUCCAUCUAUCUUAUUAGUGAUUUCCUGUUCCUCCAAAACAUUUCUUUUUCCCUGAAAAAGGACUAAAAACUGAAACUCAUUCCCCACAUUUCUGGCCACCGUCGCUGUCACUCGCAGCAGGAAUACUCCUUCCUUCUCACCCUUUCCCUUUCGUCCAGAAUUCCAUUGGAUGAUUUCAGGCAGCAAUUUAUUGCUCAAGAAAACAAGAGUUCCAAAUUAGAACCAGAAGUGGUGGUCUUUUUUAUGUUUUUUAAGUUCCAUUUGUUAUAGAACUCUUGUUUAAUUUUCCAUCGGUUGACAUUGCUGUAAAAAAUGAUGUUGCAUAGGUUCAAUCUGGUGCAAUUUUUUGUGAAUUUUAUUUCGAGAUUGGAAAAAAAUAGAAGUCUUGAUUUUCCGGUUCGAACUUGUCACAGUGUAGGAACUGGUGGACACUUUAACGGCGGAGAUUAUGACUUAUUGUUUCGAAAAAACGAUCUUACUGUUGAUAACAUAAUUGAUGCUCAAUUCAUUGAUGCUAAUGGAAGAAUUCUUGACCGAAAAGUCAUAAGAGAAGAUUUGUUUUGGGCCAUUCCAGGAGGUUGAGGGGGUAGCUUUGGAAUUCGACUGACUGUAUUCGCCAUUAGCAAGACCUUUGAACAAAAUGCAAUCAAACUUCUUCACCGUUGGCAAUAUAUUGCACAUGAUCUUCCUGAUGAAAUCUUCAGAAAAACGAAGUCUCCCCGCUUUUUAGUAUUUCCAUUUCUUUUUGCUUCUCUCUUCUCAUUGUCACAGGCAACUUCACCUCGUACUCAUGAGAGUUUUCUUCAUUGCCUUUCCCUUCAUUCCGAAGACGCCUCUCUCAUUUCGAAAAUCAUCUAUACACAAAAUAAUUGUUUGUAUUCAUCUAUUUUGGAGUUUUCAAUGCAUAAUCUCAGGUUCUCCACGCCAACCACCCCUAGACCACAAGUCAUUAUAACAUCAUUUCAUGAAUCCCAUAUUCAAGCAACAAUUUAUUGUUUAAGAAAACAUAGACUUCAAGUUAGAACUCGAAGUGGUGAUCAUGAUUUUGAAAGUAUAUCUUAUGUUUUUGAAAUUUCAUUUGUCAUCAUUAAUUUGAUUAAUUUUCGAUCAAUUGACAUUGAUGUGGAAAAUAAAGUUGCAUGGGUUCAAUCUGGAGCAAUUCUUGGUGAGUUAUAUUACAAAAUUACUAAAAAAAGUAAAACUCUAUGCGGAGGAGGUUAUGGCUUAUUGUUUCGAAAAUACGGUCUUGCUGCUGAUAACAUAAUGGAUGCUCAAUUCAUUGACGUUAAUGGACGAAUUCUUGAUAGAAAAGUAAUGGGAGAAGAUUUAUUUUGGGCCAUUCGAGGAGGUGGAGGGGGUAGCUUUGGCAUCGUCAUCGCAUGGAAAUUAAAAUUGGUUCCUGUUCCAGCAACUGUGACUGGAUGCACCGUUAGCAAAACGUUAGAACAAAAUGCGAUCAAACUUGUCCACCGUUGGCAAUAUAUUGCACACAAGCUUCCUGACGGAACACACUCCUUUGUUGUCUUAAGAAGUGUGAAUUCUAGUGAAGAUGGGAAAAAGACGGUUCUAGCUUCCUUUAGUUUAUUCUUUCUCGGUGGCGUUGAUGAGCUUGUUCCAUUGAUGCAAGAGAGAUUUCCGGAGCUUGGACUAGUAACGGAAGAUUACACUGAAAUGAGUUGGAUUGAAUCUAUUCUCUACUUUGGCCAAAUUAGAACUAAAUCCUUAGGUGUUUUACUUGAUAGGACUUUUCAAAGUCUUCUCACUAGUCCAGCCUUCAAAGCAAAGUCUGACUAUGUAAAGAAACCUAUUCCUGAAAUUGCGUUAAAAGGGUUAUGCUCAAAGCUUUAUGAGGAAGAAGCAAAAUCCGCCGGUAUACUUUUUGUGGCUUAUGGGGGAAUAAUGGAUAAGAUUCCAGAGACUGCAACUCCAUUCCCGCAUAGAGCUGGCAACUUAUACAAAAUCUUAUACUCUGUAGGUUGGCAAAAAGAAGACAACAACAAUUCUCAGAGGUACAUAAGUUGGAUUAGGAGAGUUUACAACUAUAUGAGUUCCUUUGUUUCAAAAUCACCACGAGAGGCAUAUAUCAAUUGUAGAGAUCUUGACAUUGGAACUAACAACAACGAUAACACUAGUUAUGCACAAGCAAGUGUUAGGGGUCAUAAAUAUUUUAAGAAUAAUUUUGAUAAAUUGAUGAGUGUGAAGACAAUGAUUGAUCCAGAAAAUUUCUUUAAACACGAACAAAGCAUUCCUCCACAUUUGUCCCGGCCGAAGGAGAGAGGCAAUUAGAGUCUAUAUAACCUUGGCUGACGCUUUUAAUUAGAAAAGCACACAUCAUAGCUCUAAAUAAAAUGUUUGAUUAGUUCUUUGUUACCAUUUCUGGCUGGCAUGAUGCAUGAGUAGUAUGCAUUACCCAUUAAUUACCUUUUGUAGAUACAAGUUAAUGUUGUUGAUAAUAAUAAAUCUUAGCCUUUCUUUCUCCAGAUUUCAU